AGCAAACUAUUCCAUAUUAGCUAGUUGUUUUUGAAAGAGAAAGAUAGCUAGUUAUGAUAUUAUUUUAGUAAACCUGUAGCUUGCAUUACCUUAUGACAGUUAUUCUUCCAGCAUACUAACGUCAACUGGCAGCAUAGCCACCAAAAAUGACAACAGCCGCGAGACCGACGUUUGAGCCAGCGAGAGGGGGGAGAGGGAAGGGAGAGGGCGAUCUCAGUGCGUUGUCCAAACAGUACUCAAGCCGAGAUCUGCCUGGUCACACUAAGAUCAAGUACAGGCAGCUUACCCAGGAUGCCCCCGAGGAGGUGCGUGCCCGGGACUUCCGCAGGGAGCUGGAGGAGAGGGAGCGUGUUGCUGUCCGGGAGAAGACUAGAGAGAGGGGACCGAGAGAACACACCACAUCCUCAUCUUCAUCCUCUAAGAGGCCCAGACUAGAUCAAAUCCCUGCUGCCAACCUGGAUGCAGAUGACCCUCUCACUGACGAUGAGGAGGAGGAUGAUGUCUCUGAGGAGGACAGUGAUGACGAUGACACUGCGGCUCUGCUGGCUGAAUUGGAGAAAAUCAAGAAGGAGCGGGCUGAGGAGCAGGAAUGCAAGGAGCGGGAGCAGAAAGCAGAGGAGGAGAGGAUCCGCAUGGAGAACAUCCUUAGUGGGAAUCCUCUGCUCAACCUGGCUGGACAGCAGCAGCAGCAGCAACAACAGAUAGUCCCCACCCCGAGUGCCUUCAGCGUCAAGAGAAGGUGGGACGAUGACGUCGUGUUCAAGAACUGUGCAAAGGGAGUGGAUGAGGCACGCCGGGAGAAACGCUUUGUCAAUGACACUCUGCGCUCGGAGUUCCACAAGAAAUUCAUGGAGAAAUAUGUGAAGUAGCACUUGCAGCUCUGCUAUGAAGGUGUUCCAUUUCUUUCUGCUCUGUUCCCAGUUCUAAGAGGACAAGGAGGACGUGAUAGAGAUUGGUCUGAAAACAUUGAAUGAGCCUGAAGAAUGGUGUCAUCCGUUGACAUGGAACACGCACAAAAUCCUCUGUAUAUAAAGUAAUCUAAUGCCUGACCUGAAAACAAAUUUCAACUAGUUUUGUUUCGUGUACAAUCAUUUUCCACCCCUGAAAGGAAUGGUUGCAAUAGUGACAUCAUCAAUGUCAACUUGUUGUUAUUUAACUUUUACCUUUUUUUUAAGCGCCAAUGUCAAUAAACCAACAAAAAAGAAAACCCUGUGUCUGUGAGAGGGCCUUGAUGCUUUCCUCAGUGAUUUUAGCUUUGUGCCGGGAGAAUUCUGCAAUGACUUCCAUUAAAAGCUCGGCAGCAAGACUUUUUUUUCUAUCCUUUCAAAAAAAUAAAAGGUCUUUGUGGUACAUGAACGCCUCUGUGGCACAUUACCUUCAUGACUGACGCCUUUAAUUGAGGAGAUGAAGAGGAGGUUCAAACCUUUCUGUAGAGGAUGUUUAAGUCUAUCUGAAGUGAAGUUUAUGUUCAAUUUAGGCUAAGAUUCAAUCAGUUCUGGAGUUAACCCAGGAUAACUGACAGCUGUUAUUAUUUAGGCAAUGUCGAGGUGUAACUGCGGUAAAGCUAUCAAAUAUGUGAGCGGCUGCUCUUGUCAUUGUCGCGAAACCACAUCCGUCCUUAAAUCCCUCUCGCGUUAGAAGUUCAGAACGAGAAAGUGUAGGCUAUAUGGAAAUGACACUCAAAUUGAAAGUCGUGAAACAUAAGGAUUGAUGUCAGCCUAAUUGAGGUGUAGAUUACAACACAUUCCAGUGUUUGAACUUGUAACAGGCUGCGUGGGAUUUAUCCUAAUGUGACUUGUGCAUCCAAUGUCAAUGAUGGGUAUAAUGGGAGCCACUUGCUGAUUUCACAGCUCCAACACAGUUACACCCCCAACAUCGCCUAAAUAAUAAACAAUGAAACUGCCAUGCAGUUGUCAGUUAUCACCGGUUAAGGAGGAUCUGAUUGAAUCAAGCCCACGCCUGUGAGCCCAGAAUCUGGACUCUGGGGUAGACGUAACAUAAUAAAUGUAAAUCUGUCUCCAUACAUUUAUUAUAUGUUACAUGUUAUUUAUUAUUAUUUGUAUGUAUUAAUUAAGUAAAAUUCUUAAGUGGUCUGUGAUGAGAUUCGAACACGCAACCUUUGGGUUGCUAGAUGUUCGUUUUUCUACGCCCCCACCCUGACCAACCUCCUUUACUUUUUGCCUCAAGUAACCUGUCUUAUGUAACUAUGUAACCAAAUGUUUAAACAAAUAUAUAAUCUCUGUGCCCUUGAGCAAGGCACUUAACCGUAAUUGCUCUGCAUAACUAAAAUGUAACGUGACAUACUAAUUUGAGUGUCCUGGAUUUAUAUUUGCUAUGUUACGUCUAGUCUGAGACCAGGCUCAUAUUGUGCACCACACAGUUCAACAUUGUAGAGAAACAUGAAAAGAUUCAUAGAGAACUGUUGUCUGCUAUGAUGAGCUAAGCUGUUCCCGCUGAAUAAUGGUCUUUUUAGAGCAAAGGUAUGGUUUCUCACAUGUGAAUUUAAGCUUGCCAGAAAUAAUUUUGUCUCAUGGUGAAAACGGAAAACCUCUGUAUAUUUGUGUGUAUAUAUAUACUGAACAAAAAUAUAAACGCAACAUGGAAA